AUGGAUUUGCCUACAAACCUAACCUUCCUUUCCCUGUCCACCCCCUCCCCUUUGGAGACCAACCACAGCCUUGGCACGAGCACAGGCGACCUGCGUGCCAGACCACCCCUGCGCUCUAUCUUCGGGGUGCUUGUUCUGACCUUAUUAGGUUUCCUGGUGGUGGCGACGUUCGCCUGGAACCUGCUCAUACUGGCAACCAUUCUCCGCGUACGCACCUUACACCGUGUGCCACACAACCUGGUGGCGUCCAUGGCCGUCUCGGACGUGCUAGUGGCCGCGCUGGUCAUGCCACUCAGCCUCGUGCACGAGAUGUCCCGGCGCCGCUGGCAGCUGGGCCGGCGGCUCUGCCAGCUGUGGAUCACAUGUGAUGUGCUCUGCUGCACCGCCAGCAUCUGGAACGUGACAGCCAUCGCGCUGGACCGCUACUGGUCGAUCACCCACCACCUCGAGUACACGCUCCGCACCCGCAAGCACGUCUCCAACGUGAUGAUCCUGCUCACCUGGGCGCUCUCUGCUGUCAUCUCUCUGGCGCCGCUGCUGUUUGGCUGGGGGGAGACUUACUCUGAGGAGCGCGAGGAGUGCCAGGUCAGCCGUGAGCCCUCCUACACCGUGUUUUCCACCGUGGGUGCCUUCUACCUGCCGCUCUGCGUGGUCCUCUUCGUGUACUGGAAGAUCUACAGGGCCGCCAAGUUCCGCCUGGGCUCCAGAAAGACCAACAGUGUCUUACCUGUCCGCGAGGCUGUGGAGGUGACGAAACCUGCUCAGCAGCCUCAGAUGUUGUUCACUGUCCGCCCUGCCACUGUCACCUUCCAGACAGAUGGGGACGUGUGGCGGGAACAGAAGGAGCAGAGAGCUGCGGUCAUGGUGGGCAUCCUCAUUGGGGUGUUUGUGCUCUGCUGGACCCCCUUCUUCAUCACGGAGCUCAUCAGUCCCCUGUGGUCCUGGGACAUCCCCGCCAUCUGGAAAAGCAUUUUCCUUUGGCUCGGCUACUCCAACUCUUUCUUUAACCCCCUGAUCUACACGGCUUUCAACAAGAAGUACAACCACGCCUUUAAGAACUUCUUUUCAAGGCAGCACUGA